ACCAAAAGGAAAAGCUGAUGCAAGAGAAUAAAGACCUGCAGCUAUGCUAUCUGGAACAUAAGCAACAACUAGAUGAACUGAAAAAUCGCGUGAAGUUUUUGACCAAGGAAAGUGAUAUUGAUGUGGCAGAACUCAGUGAAGCCCUCUUGCUUAUAAAGGUUCAAAAGCAGCAGAAGAAUGGGGACCUGAUGUUUUUGGAAAAAGUAGAUGAUGAUAUCCAUAAAGAUUUAGAACACUCCAUGCGGGAGCUGCAAUUAACGCAUGCAGAAACAGUGCAAGAACUUGAAAAGACAAGGAAUAUGUUAAUUGUGCAGCACAAAAUUAACAAAGAUUACCAGACUGAAGUAGAAGCAGUGACACAGAAGAUGCAAAGUCUACAGAAAGACUAUGAGUUAAAACUGGAACAAUAUGUCCAUCUUCUUGAUAUUAGAGCUGCACGCAUCAGAAAACUAGAAGCCCAACUAAGAGAUAUUGUCUAUGGUACAAAACCGCAUAAAUCUAGACCAGAAAUAUUGCCAGGCGAUCCAGUGGAUGAAUUUGAUGAAAUUUUACAUUUAGAAAGAGGAGAGAACCUUUUUGAAAUUCAUAUCAGCAAAGUGAUCUUCUCUUCUGGAGCUAUGCAUGCUUUUGGUGACCAUGAACCUGCAACUUUUUGUACUUAUGCAUUCUAUGACUUCGAACUUCAGACAACCCCAGUAGUUUAUGGGCGUACCCCAUCAUAUAACUUCACUUCUCAGUAUCUUGUGCAGGCUGAUGACUGCUUCUUGUAUUAUAUACAGCGAAACAGCAUCACACUUGAGGUUCAUCAUGCAUAUGGCACAGAUUAUGAAACAGUUGCUGAUUGUCAACUGAAGUUCCAUCAAAUCUUGGAAAACAAUGGGAAGAUCUACAGCACAGCAAAUUUAGUUGGAAUCAAAGGAAACGUUCAAAAUUAUGGUACCAUAGAAUACUGGAUCAGGUUACGAGUUCCUAUGGAUCAAGCUAUUAGUCUCUACAAGGAGAGGUCUAAGGCUCUGGGGUACGCAACAUCUGAUUUUAGGGAACACGAACAACCAUCCCAGCAGCAGAUACUCAGAACUGCCCAAGUCAGCACUUCAACAGAUGGCAAUUUAAAUGAACUCCACAUUACAAUAAAAUGUUGUAACAAUCUACAAUCCCGAAAAAAACAUCUUCAGCCAAAUCCUUAUGUUGUCUACAAGUUCUUUGAUUUUGCAGACCAUGAUACUCCCAUCAUUCCUAGCAGCAACAACCCACAAAUAGAUGACCAUAUGUAUUUCCAAGUGCCAAUGAAUGCAGAUUUAGACCGAUACCUAAAAUCAGAAUCCAUAACCUUUUAUGUAUUUGAUGACGGUGAAACGGAAGAAGGUGGGAAAGCCAAUGUGCCUCUUAUUUCUUUAGCACAUGACAGAUCUGUCUCAGGUACUUUUGAACUAACAGAUUCUGAAAGACAUGCUACUGGUACCAUCACAGUUGAAUUAAAAUGGAAGUUUGUCUACCUACCACCAACUGGAUCAACAGUGGCUGCAGACUUAGUGAAUUACAUUCAAAAUGAGGAAUCAAUGGCAACUGAAUUACUAGCAGAGGAAAAAAUGCAGAUUCCAGCCCUGUCUUCACCUUUUACUUCAUCAGUGACAAAACCAACACCCAAACCAAGGCAGCGUGCAGCUCAAACAGACAAGAAAGUAUCUUUUCUGGAUCUUAGUACAAUACAGAUGGCAGGCUCUGUUGUUGAAAAUAACAUGGAACCUGCACAGAAGAUGAAGGCAUCAAGAGUUCCAAGUGUUUCAGAGGAUAAACAAGAAAGGCCAGCGGAUGAUAAGGUGAAGGAGAUGGCUGAAGAAAUUCAACAGGAAAAAGAAGACCUCUCACAUCUGUCAGAGGGGCACUUGGCCGACCAAAGCUCAGUUACCUCUGGAGAUGAGACAGAAAUAACUGAAGAAUUGGAACCAGAAGGUAGAAUUCAUUUUUAUGAAUAACAAGAUGAGAGACAAGAAAAUGAUGACAUUGAAUCAAUAAUAACUGACAGCGAUGACUGUAUUGUUUCAAGUCCAGUAUCCAAGAAUAUUAAACAGGCAACUGAAAAAAUCCGGAUUGAAAUUAUAUCGCUUGGUCUUACUGAGUCACGCAUUGCAUCAGAUGAAACAAUACAGCAGCUGUUUGUAGAAUGUAGAUUAUACAAUUUCCUUGCAGAGGAGACCCCACUGUCACUUCCAAAGCCAACAAGUGGUCAGAGGGUUCACUAUAACUAUAGCAAUGUGAUACAUGUGGAUAAGGCAAAUAAUCGUGCAAGAAGAGAGUAUCUCAAGUCUAUGCUUCUAAAGCCAGAUCUACAUACUGACAG